GAAAAGUGAUUCGGAAGCUCGACCUUGUCUGUUAUUUCUCUGCCCCGCAGCAUAUCCCAUUAUUGUACAAUUUUUUUGCCCUUGCGUUUGUUGUGCAAGCGAGUCUUCAUUUAUACACGGCCUAAUACUGCUUCGUUUACUCCGUUGAAAGACAUGUUUCAUUGAUUGUCACGCAUAUCGUAUCCACGUCUACACAAGCUAGGCUAUCAUGUCUCAAGUUCCUAAUAAGAUAGAGCAGCUAGACGCUCAGUUUGCUGAGCUCCUUUCGGGGUGGAGCAUUUAUACAACGAUUCUGGUCAUCCUAAUAUCUGCCUAUGUGGUACUGCCUUGGUGGUUCUCGAAAGACCCUGACCUUCAUCCUAUCCUCUUAUCGCGCCAGGCGACCCCCGCUCCGGUCCGAAAUGCCGGAGAAUCUGCAACAUAUCGCUCAGUUGAGACUCCAUAUGGAUUUCCGCUCAAAUCGGGCCUGGGUGUGAAGGAUCCAGGAGCUCCAAGAUGGGCUCGUGGCAGAGAUGGUGAUCUCCGCGACAUCUGGAAGCAAGCGGCCCGGGAUCCUCUGGAUCAGACCGGGCAGUCAACUGGUCAACCUGGCAAAAUUCUCACGGUACUUGGGAAAGAAGAGGUCAUCGAGCACAAUCUUGCCGAUAUCUCUCGUUCCAUCAGCAUCGUUGGUAGCUCAGUCCAAACGUCCAAUGGAAAACGCGUUGCUAUUCAUCUUCCCAACUCUCUUGAGCUUCUCACGACGAUUUUUGCGGGAUCUUUUUAUGGGUUUACCGUUAUCUUGAUACCACACCACCAGAGCCCAUCUUCGCUGUUCAAGCUCCUUGCGCAAACUGGAGCCGACACACUGGUGUCUGAAGCCGGCGUUGUCCCCUUAUCUGACCUUGUGGAAAGAUGUCCAAGUUUAAAGAGCGUUUUUUUAGUGGUUGAAGCUACCAGCAGGCACAUUGACUGGAAUCCUUCGGCCGAAGAGACGAAGGGGAAGCUUUCGGUUUCCAUUUGGCACGAAUUGGUUGAGAACGGUCCUAAGGACUUGCCUCUGCCAGAUAAUCUCCCCGAAGCUUCUGAAACGAAAAUUGUAACGGUCUGGGAAGGCAAAAACAGUGAGGAGCGCUUGGUAGAAUUCUCCCAAAAGAAUUUAGCAGCAGCUGUCGCCGCCCUUAUUACUUCGCUCCCGGCCCGUGAGCGACUGAAUCCCAAGGAUCUUUUCCUGCCUGUCGACUCUCUUUGCUCUAGCUAUCCGUUGAGUCUAACUCUCGCAGCCCUCUAUUCCCAUGCUUCGGUGGCACUCAAUUCCGUUGCCGGGAAGGGGAUAGAUUUGGCGUUGGCCACCAGGAAUAUCUCGCCCACAGUCAUUGCGGUAUCUGCCGAAACUGCUGCGGCGGCACACAGAUUGGCCAAAGGUUCAUCGAGUACCCUUUUACGGAAGUAUUCUCACUGGCUGCAAAUACGUUCUCUCAAAGCAGGUGUCAUGCCAAGACCUGGCCUUUUGAGCAGUUUCAACGCUACAUCUCGUCCAUCUGUCGGGGAAACUCCCGGCAAACUGCGUAUUAUGUACGUUGCUGAGCGUGCUGGAACAGACUCGCCUCCUUUGAGCUCAAGCGACCUAAAUGACUUACGGGUUUUCACUGGUGCUCGCAUUGUCUAUGCUCUAACUGCUGAGAAAGUCGCGGGCGCGGUGGCACAGACGAAUCUUUAUGACUACCGACGUGAAAAUGGUCCCACUCGCAAUCAAAGCCACUUCGGCGGACCGCUCAGUUCCGUUGAGGUGAAAGUAGUGGAUACCCCCUCGCAUAAGACUCUUGACCAGGGCCAGCCCCAGGGAGAGAUUGUUGUCCGCGGUCCUGCUGUCUUUGGCGGCGAGGCAUCACUCGGGGUGAAUGGUGUCUUCCGGGAUGACCAUACCCUUGCAUAUGUUUGACUACAGCAUUUAAAUCUUCCGGAUGCUGCAAUUCCGCAAAGGCAUAAUGUUUACUCUGCCGCAUCUUCCAAAGUAACAAAAACUUCUAUUAGUCUAUUUAGCGCUUCAUUAGGCAUAUAGCGAUGGUUGGAUUGUCCAUUUAGCUAGAUUUAGUUUGCAUUGCAUAUAUUCACCUCAGCUCGUUCGAUACCAUUUCGAAAUUAACGUUGUGCGAGGCACUGCGAAUACUUGACAGAAAUCCCAUAUUUCCAAAUUCCGUCACAGUGACAUGACGCUCUGAAUCCUGGGAUUAGGCUUCUCACGAAAAUGAAAAAGUCAGCGCAGAAACCUCCAGAUUACAGAUUCAUGAUGUAGCCUUCAAAGA